GGCAAAAGAGGUAACGAUGGAGUUUGACGGCAGCUUAUGUGCGCGCAAUUGGGUCACGCAGUUUCAGAACAUCGGAAAGAUUUACAAUUUGGACGACGGAUGCAUGCACAUGCUGCUAAUUGCCAAACUAAAAGGAAACGCACAGCGCUGGCUGCACGCAAGCGCCACACGCAUCCUAGAAUCGACCGACCAGCUGUGCGAACAGUUAAUUUUGACAUUCGAGGUCAAGAUGUCAAAAGGGGAACUGAGGAACGCAUUUCAAAAACGCGAAUGGCAUCCGGAUGAGAAAUUCGCCAGGGAGUGUCUCAAGCCAAAGAGGGAGCCCGGAUCCUGCUAUGCCUGUGGGGCAUUUGGACACUUCGUCGGACAAUGCCCGGAGCGCAAGAGCGCCAAUAUCAACAAUUAUAAUGCCUCAUAG